AUGGCAGCGUCUUUAACCAGCGUGAGAUGCGAGGCCGCUCACCUGAGCAGCCGACAGAGCGUCUCGUCCCGCCCACUUGUGGCGGUGAAUCUAGCAGGGCGUCGGUCACGGAACGUCCGCAUAUCUUGCACUUUCAUGCCGUACCAUCAUAAAGCACCACAACAAGAGCAAGCGAAACUCGCGAGUCGCAUAGUAGAACUCGAG